CGAGCCACAGCCUCGGCCGCGGCAAAACUACCCCGACCCGGCCUCGCCUCGGGUUUACUGCCAUCUACCGGACACUAUAUAGCUCUCCCGGCGGCAUGUGGGCGGCGGCGCUGUGGCUGCUGCUGGCGACGGCCGCGGCGGCGCAGGACAAGCGCGCAGAGAUUGCGCCGGCGCCGUUCGUGGUGGGGUCGCGCUACGGCCGCUCCCCCCCACGCGUCAUUACCCCCCGCAACGAUAGGUUCUUCAUGGGAAGCCGCUACGGCAAGCGCUCCCCGCCCCCGCACCCCGCGCUGCCCCCCGCACCCCCCGCGGCCAUCCACUGCGCGUACACGGGGGUGGCGCAGCUGUACCGCUGCGGACCCGUCGUGGACCCCGCGCCCACACGGUAUCAUACCAGAAAAAGCGAUGAAGACCCAUACGAAGAGGAAGACUAGACCACCGCCCAUCUCCUUCCACAAGCACCUACAGCCACCGAAGAGACAGUCGCCAUGAUGACAUCAUUUUGAAAAUUGUACCCAUACUUCGCUCAUUUGAGUCACAUUAAUUUGAUAGGGAAGUGAGAUGAGGCUAACUUCGACUUUUAUUGAGUACUUACAAUAUUUUUCUAUUUAAUUUUGAUGGUGCAAGUAAGGCUGGGUUGCAUCAUAGUUAUUGUGUUGUUUAUAUUAUGUAGGUAUAUGGUAGGGAUAUUAUGGUAAGUAUAUGCCAUAAGUAUUUUAUGAUUUAUGAAGUUUUUUUUUAUAAGUUAAGAAAUACUGCGCUCGCUGUGAUUUUAUUAGGUAAGUACUGUGGAUCUAUAAAUCCUAUAAGUAGGUACCUACUUAGAUAAACCUUAAAGAUUGAUCAAAAUUUGGCAUCCCUGAUCAAGAUCAUUGCAGAUAUAGAAUAGGUACCUACUUACCUUACUGGUUAGCAAAAGAAUCACAGGAGAGCAUUUAUUUCAAAAAUAUUAUACUAACUUACCGUCGAAGUUAGGAAGAUAAUGUAGUAAAGCGAUCAUCUUCUAUAGAUAAUAAGUAUAAUUUUAGCUAAUAGGGUAAUAAAUAUAAUAAUUCAUUAAUAUUUAAUAUGUUAAUAAGUAGUAUUUGUAUAUUAUGAUCAUGUAUAAUACCCUGUUGAUAGCAAAUUAAACCGAGAUGAAUAAAGGAGACUUUGAUCCGAACACA